GGAGCCAGAGCCCGGCAGAGAGGCUGCAGCCAGCUGCUGCCAGCCCCUGCCCGCACCGGCACCCGGUCCCAGCCCCGGCCCCGCUGCUCCGGGGGGAACGGGGCACCGGGAGCUGCGGGAGCUGCACUGCAGAGGGAUCCCAGCCAAGCCAGGUGAUGACCUGAAAAAGCCAUGUCUGAGGUUCAGGGAACGGUCGAGUUUUCUGUGGAGCUACACAAAUUCCAUAAUGUGGACCUCUUCCAGAGAGGGUAUUACCAGAUAAGAGCUGGACUGAAGAUCCCAUCCAGGAUUCCCCACAGGCUGUUUGCUACGAUUGCAGGACAGACAGGUGAUUCCAGCCUUUGCUCAACCUGUGUUCAUGAAAACAAUGUUUACAGCAGAAUAUUUCAGAUUUUGUACAGAAAUGAAGAGAUCGUUCUUAAUGAGACCAUGAACUUCAGAGUGCACCUGCUUCUGGAUGGUGAAAGGGUGGAAGAUGCAUUGAACGAGGCAGAUUUUCAGCUCAAGCUGGACCUGCACUUUACUGAUAGUGACCAACAGCUGAGGGAUGUGCCAGCCAUCCCCAUGAUCAGCAGCCGCACUCUGUGCCUGCACUUCCACCCCCACCGAGGGCUGCACCACCACGUCCCUGUCAUGUUCGACUAUUUCCACCUGUCCGUGGUCUCCGUCACCGUGCACGCGUCCCUGGUGGCUCUGCACCAGCCUCUGAUCAGUUUUGCUCGUCCAGGGAAAGGUUCAUGGCUUGGUAAAGGCAACCUGGAGGCAGGAGCAGACCAGUCCAGUAUGUCAUUAGAAAAUCUAGUGUUUGGAGCUGGCUACUGCAAACCCACUUCUUCAGAGGGCAGCUUUUACGUCCCAUCUGAAAACUGCAUGCAGCAUGCAUACAAGUGGCAUAAGGAUCUCUGUCUUCUGCUCCUGAAUGCUCAAAGGGGUCUUCACACGUACUACACCCUCUUAAUGAAUGAGAUUCCUGAUUUACCUCAGCUGAAGUUGGAGGAGCUAUCUGUGGAAGAGACAGUAUCCCAGCUUUGCAUGGAGCUCCAGCUGCUGAGCAAUCCAGAGAAGAUAGCAGAACAGAUAAGCAAGGACCUUGCCUGGCUUUGCUCUCACCUCCUGGCCUUGUGGACCCAGUUCCUAGAGGUGGCAACGCUCCAUCCAGAAAUCACAGCUUAUCUGACUCAGGAACAUCACAUGCUAAGGGUGAGAAGAUUCUCAGAAGCCUUCUUCUACACUGAGCACCAGAAACCUGCUGUGCUCAUGUUCCAGGAAGGCCUGAUCCAGAGCCACGCACAGAUUUCUACAGAAAUUCGAAAUUCGGAUUAUUUCACCAGCAUGCCCCCGCUGCCGGCAGAAUGCCUGGACAUCGAUGGGGACUGGAACACACUCCCAGUUAUCUUUGAAGAUAGGUACACAGACAUGCCUUGCAAAGAUCAGAAUUUGGAAGUUUUCCCAGAUUUUGAGUCUCCUGCAAAUACUCAAAUGGAUGUAAAACUGGAAAAUGAGGACUGUGCAUCAGAUGAUGCCACUGCAGUAAUGAAAGGAGGCUUUGAGAAAGAUACUCCACUAAUACACACAGACAGGAUAAACAGGAAUCCCUCAUGCCCACACAGCAGUACUGAAGCUGCUGCUAAGGGUUUAAACCAGCACUCCACAUCUCAGGUAUGUACAAUAAACAAAGAAGGCCAAAGGAAACCUGAAAAUAUUUUUGUUUCAAGAGAGGAAACUAUUUCUGACUCAGAGCCAGGCAAUACAGAACACAUGUCAGAAGACUUUAAAACAUCUGAGGAAGUUUUAUUAAAAGAUAAUAGACUUGGGGCAGAUGUUGUCUGUGGAGACAUGGAACCCAGCAAUAAGGACUCUCACAAACGUGAGCCCAUGCUAAUUGUCAGUGCUCAGCAUGAGUGUGGAGCAUGUGGAACUGAUGGCUUGGAAGACAGCACUGAAAUACAUGAACUAGAUGAAUUUGGUCAUCCUGAAACUAAUUUCACGUCAUCUGAGCUUGCACUGAAUGAAUUGACCACUCUUGGAAAACCAGAGGAUGUAGACACCAAGGCUCAUCUCCCUGUUUUGAAAGCUUUGCCUUCACACAGCUGCGAAGUGAAAUCAGUCACAAAGGAGCAACGAAGUGAGGAGAGUGAAGACUUUACCCUGAUGUCUGGGGUCAUAAAAAGAUCUUCCUCUAUAAUAUCUGAUUCAGGCAUUGAAAGUGAACCAAGCUCGGUGGCAUGGUCUGAUGCUCGCAGCCGGGCCCUGGAGCUGCCCAGUGACCGAGAGAUCCUGCACCACUUGGUCCGGAGGCACGCCAUCCACCGAAAUUCCCUGGAGGGUGGCCACACGGAAAGCAACACCAGCUUGCCCAGUGGUAUCCAAGCAUCGCUCACAUCCAUCAGCUCUUUGCCCUUUGAGGAGGAGGAGAGGGAAGUGGAGCUUACCAAACUGACAAAAUCUGUCUCUGCCCCUCAGAUCAGUAGCCCAGAAGAGCCCCCGGAGGAGGUGGAUAUAUCAAAACACAGCGAAGCCACCUCAGGAGAUUCAGAUCACAACUUAAGAAGCUGCAUGGAAACAGAGGAUAAAGAUGGAAAAAUAAUAAUGGAUUUUUCUGAGUGUCAAAUGACCACUGAAAGUGGACAAAUAGAACAGAGAAGACAUCCCAAUCUCCUCCUCAAGCACAGUAGCAGUAACACUGAGUUACAAGGGGAUGAGGAGAAAGGUUUUCCAGACACUUGCUAUAGUUUGGAAAAUACAAGACCACCCAUUUGUCCGAACCAGCUCCAAGUUAAUGUCUCUGAGUGCCUGUCACUGGAGAGCAAUGGUGAGUGCAGCUUAAAAACACCAAGGGCUUGUAAUUACUUGGACAAAAAUAUAGAUAAGGUUGAUACAUGCAUUGAGGAUCCAAAGGAUAAACUUAAUCCGGACAGUUUAAAAGUACAACAGGGCUGUAGAAUUUCAGGAGAGGAGAGUUUUUCACAAAGCAUAAAGGUGGUACCAGAUUUUUGCUAUCUUGUUACAGCUCCUUCAGACACCUCCACUGAAUUUGGCUCACUCCGAGGAGAAUGUGGCAGUUCUCUCGCUGAUGAGAGCCCAGCAGUGUGUGCAGAACUGCAGGGCUUGCAAGAAAUUGAGCUCAAUGACUCGUCUGCCUCAGCAGAGCCUGCAGCAGGGUCCCACCAGGCUGAACAUCCUCAGGAGCCCAACAGCCAAGAGAAUAAACUCAUAGUGAACGGCACUGGGUUUCCUUUGGCCGCGACAGAGGGAGUAGCCCUGGAAAGCAGAAAGGCUGCUGAUGUGGUUAACAUGUCCAUCUCUUGCACAGCCACCUGUCUUCCCUUUUCUUCCGUGCUCAAAGAGACCCCUGCCGUGGCGGGCUCCUCGGCAAAGCAGGCUGCCUUCCCCAUCACGCGCCAGCCGCUGGGCUCCUUUGGAGUUGUCUGUCCUAAUUCAGAUGAGAUGGAUGAAGAGACCAACGAAAGGAUGCUGAAUUUUUAUCAGGCCAAAGAAAAAUUUAAAAAAGAAAUGAAGAUUGAAGGAUUUCUGUACAGUGACUUAUCUGUACUAGCUUCUGAUAUCCCAUAUUUUCCACCAGAGGAAGAGGAAGAAAAUUUGGAAGAUGGAAUUCACCUGGUUGUCUGUGUCCAUGGAUUGGAUGGUAACAGUGCAGAUCUGCGGCUGGUAAAGACUUUUAUAGAACUGGGACUUCCUGGUGGAAAACUGGACUUCCUAAUGUCUGAAAGAAAUCAGACUGAUACUUUUGCUGAUUUUGAUACAAUGACUGACCGAUUAUUGGAUGAAAUUAUUCAGCAUAUCCAGUUGUACAACCUCUCCAUAUCCCGAAUAAGUUUUAUUGGGCAUUCCCUUGGUAACGUCAUCAUUCGAUCUGUACUAACUCGCCCCAGGUUUCGCUAUUACCUCAACAAAUUACACACCUUCCUGUCUCUCUCUGGGCCUCACCUGGGAACCCUCUACAACAACAGCACUUUGGUUAGUACAGGUCUAUGGCUAAUGCAGAAGUUAAAAAAGUCAGGGUCGCUUUUGCAACUGACCUUCAGGGACAACGCGGAUCUACGCAAGUGUUUCCUCUAUCAGCUCAGCCAAAAGACGGGUCUUCAGUAUUUUAAAAAUGUUGUGUUAGUGGCCUCACCCCAAGACAGAUACGUACCUUUUCAUUCAGCAAGAAUAGAAAUGUGCAAAAAUGCACUUAAGGACAGACACACAGGUCCUGUUUACGCAGAAAUGAUCAACAACCUGCUCCAGCCUUUGAUUGGAGCCAAGGACUGCACUUUGAUCAGACACAACGUGUUCCACGCUCUGCCUAACACCGCCAACACCUUGAUAGGCCGGGCUGCCCACAUCGCUGUGCUGGACUCCGAACUUUUCCUGGAGAAGUUUUUCCUCGUGGCAGGACUCAACUACUUCAAAUAGUGCCUGAAGUACGGGGUAACAGAGGCCAACCUUUCCACUGGGUGGAGGAGACUUCCUUAGCCAACAGAGUGCAAUGUUAGAAAUUAGAUCAGGUGGGACUUUCAAACUUUCCAUUUCCAUUUCUCUUUCAGAGAAUAAAGUGCUAUGGCUUUAAGGCAUUCAAGCUUCCAAGUAUUGGUGCUUUUGGAAGAAAUAAAUAUUCCUCUUCAGUUUCUAUGUUUUUUGUCCACAUAAAGAAAUGAGCCACUUCAGAAGUACAGAAUCAGAGUAAGAAGGUUAAUUCUCUAAAUGUGUUUGGACUAAUAUAAUUCCCAUUUCUCUUGAAUAUUAAACCAGGAACUUGUCUGUCCUUGAUUUGCUGCUUAUUUAUGUAUUAACAAAACUCUACAUUUGUAGCACUCUUGGGGUAGUUAACACACAAGGAAACAAGUGUAUGUGAACUCAGGUUAAAACCUUCUUUGUGAUGAACUGAAAAGUCUGAAAACCAUUUAUGAAAGUUUCAGUCUUUCUGUUUGUUGGAAGAAGAUAUUUGGAUGGUUCCAUUACUGGUAAUAAUUUGUAACAUACAAAUUGUACAUUCAAAUAAUGGAAAGGAGUAAAAUAUUUUACAUAGAAUGAACAAAUAUUGAUAUUUGUCUUUAAAAAGAAGCCCCAACUUUAGUUUGGGAAGAAUUUCAUUUGAGUUAGAAGCUGCCAAACCAAGAGGACUAUAUUGGAUUACUUGUAAAAUAUCACUGGCAUCUGUUAACAUUUCUUCUGUUUACGUUCAUCAAGGAACAUAACUGACUGUGUUUGUUAUAACCUUAAAGGUACAAUUUUUACAUUUAUAUUUGUACAUUUGUAUCUAAGUCCAUUUUUUCCAACAAUUUUGGGGUUUUUUUUAAUUUAUUACGUUGAUAUGGAAUUCAAAACCUAGCCAGUUAUACCCUUGAAAACCCCAAAUAUUUGGAAAAAUAAAUGCUGGAGAUAUAGAAUGGUGAGGAUUGUGGAAAACUUAAAAAAUAUAAGUAUGUCUUAAGGUCCUCUGCAAUACUCCUUAAAUGCUUUGUUAAUGCCCAUUUGCAGCGCUGUAUACAGUCCUAAUUAUUAUAUGGUUACAGCUGGUUGAACUAUUUAAAACUUUAUUUGUGCAAUGAUAUCUAGGUCAUUUUUAAGAGUUUGAAAAAGAACAUAUUUUCCAAUUUUUAAUUUUUUUCAUCAAAUUUGCAGUAAGAUUUUUAUCACAAAGUUAUCAGAUUUAAAGUGACAAAUUUCAAUAACUUUCUGCACAUUUUCAUAACAUUUGGAUGAAUUUUCAAUGUCACAGGAGUUUUUUGAAAAAAGUGAAAGUGAAUAAUUCUUCACAAUUAUUUUUGUUUAGAAGGAAGGCGAUUUUUUAAAGCAAAUACAAUUUGUUUAAAAAUACAAAUGAACAAGUCUCCAUAUCCUCUAGCAAUGACUAAAAAAAUUACAAAUUUGGGUUUAGGUGUCAAGACUUCCAUCAGUAAACUAACAUUAAAAUGGUUGAUUUGUGAAAUAAUAGAAUACAAAAUGAAAACAAAAAACAUCAUAGCCACAGGGAAAUACUUUUAGUUGCAAAAAGUAAACCUAAUUUUUUCUCAAAAGAAAAAAAGUGACAAACUUACACCAAAUUAGUUCAAGAAAAGAGAUUUAGCAGACUGGCAAAUGCUGGUAAAGGGAAAAGGCUGGCUUGAUAACUAAUGCAUGUUUUUAAAAUAGGAAGGAGAAAGAAGGUAUGUACCAAAUGGUGAGACUAAACCACCUGAAAAGAAGUAUUACACAUCCUUGUGCCCUCACAGAGGCAGAAAUCCUAUGGGAACAAUUCCAUGGUGUGAUUCAAUGUUGGCAAGUUUCUUAAGCAAUUCCUCAGUACUUGAAUUAAAUAGGUACAUACUAUGGUGUCUCACUCUCUCUUUUUCUUUCUUUCCUUACAGAUUGACUGUUAACUGUUAACAGUCAGUUUUACUCAGUUAACAAAUGAAUUCUAUCAGGAAACCUGUAGUUUCCAUUUCUUGUUUGGGAAUUUUUUCUAAUUUUUGGCCUCAAAAGUCUAGUGCCAGCUGCACUGACAUAUCUCAACUUCUUCCUCAGUAAAUUGUUUAGAGAAUUUUAAAUACAAUGGGACAUGGAGGUGGAGCUGUUAAAUAGUGCAGCCCUUUUGAGCCAGGACUAGUACUUCUAUAUGGAAAAACUGGAAAGAAAAGAAACCUCUAACCAUAAGCAACCUCCAGUGUGCUCUAUGAGGGUCUGGUCCACUUGUAGAAAAUGUUCACGAGUCUGCAAACUGAAGAUUUUGAAAAACAUUUAAAAAGAAGUGACUUUACACCUAUAUACAUCCUGCUCUGUGUGUGUACAUAGUCUAUAUACAAGAAAGUUUGCUUGUUUCCAGGUCUCACACACCAACUUACACAGUCCUGAGUCUGACAACAAACCAGUGCAGCUGUUUUAUACUCAGAUGAGAGGUUCUUGCCUUGCCUUGUGCAUUGGGCAGCAUUCCCAGCCUUCUGUUUGCAUGACUGUAAGAGAAUGCAUAUGGGAAAAGGUCUCUGCAUUGCUGCAGGAGUUGGUGGGUCUUUACAAGUUCAUUUUGAUGUUCUGUAUUCCUAUCAGUGCUCUGACUGAUGGAUAAAUAUACCUAAAGAUGUCACUGUUCCUAUUCAUAUAGAAUUCUUUGAUGGCUCAGUCUGAUUACAGAGUUGGAGUUGGAUUGCUAAUAGACUUGGAUCAGGUCCACAUAACUUAAAUCUUGUGCAGUAUGGAAGAAAGCUCCUGUGGAACCUCAGAAAAAUCUGGGAAGUAUCAUUCCUGUCAAAUGAUAAGACACAGAUUUUAUCAUCCUUGGCAGAACAUUGUGGGAUAUAUUGGCAGUGGUCUAGUUCUGCUUCCAUUCUAAGGUUCUCAGAAUAGCCUCGCUCACUUUUUCUUCUUUUAUUGUUUUUAAUGGGAUAUUAUUUUUAAGUACUUAAAUCCACUCAAUUGUAUAGACAAUAUUGCAAAGAAAUCUGCAUUGUCAUUAUAAAAAAUAUAUAAGUUUUGGACAAAGUAUAUAUAUAUACAAUUUUCAGAUUUGUACUUACAUGGAAAGAAACAUACAGCAAGAAUUAUUUUCAUAAAAAUUAGCGAAGUGCACAGUUAGCAUCUUUGUUUCUGUCAUAGCCUUUGGAAUUUCAAUAUACUGUUCUUUCACAUAUGAUCUUUAAAACACAUUUAAGUACAUUUGCAGUAUUUCUGCAAGGAUUUUCCCAACAAUCUGCACAAGUCCCCUUUGGCUUCCUCUAUCUAUGGGGGCAGAGCUUAAAGAGCUCUUCAGUGAAGCUCUCACAUUCAGCUUCACUCUUCAGUGAAGCUCCCACAUUCAUAGGGGAUAAGAGAGUUUUUCAACAUCUUGGACAGAGGAGGGACAAACCUGGGUUUUUUUUUUUUUAUAGCUUGUCAAUAUUAGUGUCAGCUGUAUUUGAAGUGAAACUCUCUUCAAUUCUAAAAGGAUUUUUCAGUUAAGAAAAAAACAAAGCCAGCAUUCCAAGGUUGUUUUUUAGCAUCCAAAAAGCUUAAAACUAACAAGGAGGAUCUCCACCAGGUAAAGUGCAUUUGGCUGUUGAGGUUUUCCAGUGUCAAAGGUGAAGUAUGGGCUGUAGCCCAGAUUAGCAAAUUCUCUGGGGGGAAGGGGAUAGCCCAUGUGUAGAAAAGAGGAGCAGAGCCAGCAGAUGUCAAGGCUUUGAAAGACAGAAAAAGAUAGGGGGAUGGAAGAAAGACAAGGAGUUCCUGAAGCGGACUGUAACAUUUAAGAGGACUGACUUAACUGUUUUAAAAGAUUUGAAGAACUUAUAGCAGUAUGGUUAUAAAAAUUCAGUUGAUAUUGAUAAUUUUAUGAUCAUGCCUUUAUUAAUAGCUAAUUAAUUUUUCUUGAUAUUCUGGGUCUCUUAGAGCCCAUUUCUUCCUACUCUUAAAAGAAUUUAAUAUCUUCUGAAAUGGAUUUUUUAACGUAUGGAUGGAGAGAAAUUGCAGUAUUGACUAAGUGUGUGUAGAUGAGGGACAGAAUAGCAAGUUCUUUCUCCAUCUGGGCUAAGGAUUUUGAAGGAGUUGGUUUUCAAUCUUCUGGAAAAAGAGAAUGCAGUCUCCUGAAUCCUCUAGAAUUGUUUCUUCUUGGAGAAUUGUAGAAUUUGUCCUGUUUAAUGUCAUCACUUAAUUUGUGCUUAAAAACUUGUUGCAAAAUGAAUUUGUUCAACUAAAAUAAAAGGCUUAAUUUCUGUCUGUAGUCAGUGAAGAGAGGUAGGUACUACUGAAAAGCCUGCAGUAGUGAUCCUGGUUUUUGCUGUAGUGGCAUUCAGGGUUAUUUAUCUCUGUUCCUUUUCCAGGGAACUUAUAAUAAGUCUCACUUUCUGGGUGUCCAACACAUAGAACAGAAACUGGAGGGUCAGCAUUUGUGGACUGGAUUACUUCAGUUUUUCAUACUGGGUGCAAGUUUUGACUGCAUACCUUGACCAAAAGCAAACAUGUAAGCUAUGAAAAAAGCUCCUUUAAAAUCUGUCAGGGAAUGGGUCUUUUUCUGGCCUUCAAUGAAUGCUGGUUUUCUCUUUAAUGAAAUUCAAAAUUUGUUUUCAAAAUCAAGUCUGUCCAGUGACAAUAGAGGAAGUUGAAAUUUUUUAGCUUUAAAGGAUUCUUUUCUAAAGACACAAAACCUUAGCACAGAGCUUUGGAAUUACCUACACAAAUUCUGAGCACUAUUUGACUUCAAAGCAUUUCAUACAUAUCCACUGACCAAUCCCCUUCACUGCUCCCUUGCCAGAAAAGAGCCACUCUUGAGAGAGAAAGCUAUCACAAGACAGUGUGAAAACUGGGAAUUCAAGCAAAAGUUUUCAUUAGAAUUUGUAGUUUUCUUUGGUGCUUUUUACAUGUUAAAAAAAAACCCAAAAAGUCUCUUGCUUUCUACCUCUGCAUUUAAAAUAGUGAGAGUGGUGAUGAAGGAGAAAGAUGAGAGUUUCUAAUAACAGGGUUAGACCCUUGUGAAGACUUAUGCAAAUAUCCCAUGAAAUUAAUAUAUAAUGAAUGGUCAUGGAGCAUUUCUGAGGCAGCCUCAGCAUGCCAAUAUAUGUCAGCCUAGCUGAAUGAUUAUUUUCUUUGUGGACUUAAAUUUCCAUUUAUAAAUUAGCAUCAGGACAGCCUAACAUAUUUCACUCCAGCUGGUUAUUUAGAUGCUAAAGGUCAUGUCCAUAGAGAACUUUUAUGGAGUGCUUUUCUUUAUUUCAACACAUAUGCUCAGCACUUUUGAUAGUUAAUGUUAUCUAAUUGACAGUUUCUAGCUAAAUUUAUCUCCUCCCCCAAAUUUUCAGUGUUUAUUUAAUCACUGAAAUGUUUUUAAGUUAUAAACCAGAAUAAAUACAGGUCUGUUUGAGUUAGUGUUCAUGUUCUUUAAUGCAGUUACUUUAUUGCUGUAGUACCACAGUCUCAGGACAAAUAACCACUGAAUUCAUGUUUGGAGUAAUGAAAUUCAUAGUGGAGGGCUUAAUUAGCUGCAGUUCACUCUCCUCUGGUUUGGUUUUGCCUUUGGGGUCAAACAACCACUGCAAGGUCCUGCCCUUGGUUCUGUUCAUGGUUCCCUUAAUUUUCAAUUCCUUUGAGAUGCCUAAAUUGCCCUAAACUACUGUUCUUUGUCCAGAUAUUCCCAUAUUUGCUUGGUCACCUUUCCAUGACCUGACUGCAUCUCUUCCAUGUACUGUGCAGUCAGUGCAGACAGGGAUUCACAAAUAUAUCCAGCACUGCCAUUCCAUUUAUCCAGGAGUGGGAAUUGUGCUCACACAUUCAUUCCAGUCGAUUUUCUCAGCCUUUUAUGAGGACUGCUAUGCACCCACCCAGACAUGUUACAGAUGACAGAAUAUUUUGUUUCAGAAGGAACAGCUGGAAGUAUCCCUGAAUAAUUCCUGUUCAAAGCAGGAUUAUCAUGAACCUCAUGGUAAGGUCAGUUAUAUAUUUCUCUUGCUGGAUAUUGAAAACAUCUGGUGAUGGAUAUAUUACAGCUGCUCUGGAAUGCCUUCUCAACUGCUGUAUAUCACUCCUAAGGAAAACAACCAAGCAAACAAUAACAAAAAUUAAAAAAACCUCCAAUUUAACCUUUCUGAGCUGCAGUUUCUUUCUGAUGCGAUUUUUUUAUUCCACCUUUUUAUUCCAUGGGGUUGUUCUUACUUCUGGUACAGUUGCUUUUCCAUGCUUUCAGACAGCUCUUUGUCUUUCUUGGUUUUUUUUUUUUGUGCCAGGCUAGACAAGCCUGACUCAGUCUGUGCUCAGAAGCUGUGUGUUUAGACCCACUCACCAUCUUGGUGAUCUUUUUUUGGGCACCCUCAAGUUUCUCAACCCUGAACUGGGUUUAAGAGUCACCAGGAACUGGCAAACUGCAUUGGAUGCUAGCUCUGCUGCAGACUGGUGCCUUUUUCCUGUUCAGGAGAGCCUCUGGCUGCUGGAACUCAUCACAUCCUCUCCCUGUCUGAAGCUCUAAUCUGGAGAGCUGGAGCUUUUCUCCUGUUGCCACAAUUGCAAUCUUCCAGUGCCCUGUGAAUUAAUUUUUACUUUGGGCACAGAUAUUGAGGAAACCUAGAGUGACUAAGGCUGCUGAUGUUUCUUCUCUGUUUUAGGAAGACUGUAUAACACAUCUGCACUUCCCCAAGAGAAAUCCAUGCACGGAAUAGAAAUGCUUAUGAGAAGAGUUUAAUCAGUGUUGAACAGUUAGAAUACUUUAAAUGCAGAUGAGUCAAGCCUUCCCCUCAUAGGACAAAAGCAUAAAGAAUAAAUAUGUAUAAACUCAUCUUAUGCAAAAGGUCAGAUUAAAUUAACUUCUGCUACAACCUUGAAACUUGAUUUCUCUGCUUCUGAAAAUUCAAUUCUCCACUUUCACCCAAAGUGUUGCAAGAUGCUCUUAUCUGAGUGGCAACCUAACCAUAUCUUUCUGAAAUGGAUUUCCACACAUAUUCCAUAAGUCCAGUGUCUAUAUGCUAAUUGAAGUGAGUUUCAUGUCUUCAAGUAUAUUCUGCUUCUUCAAAUAUGAAACUGUGAUACAAUUCUUACUACAAUCCACCAUGCCUUCCAGUCUCUGAAAGAUAUCACUACAAACACAAACGACUUAUCCAAAGGAACAAAAAAACCCCUCUUCUCCACAUGAAAGUCUUCAGUAAUUCUCUUUUAUUUUGGAGUGGGUGAUUGGAAUAUUGUGACGGCUUUUUUUAUGCAUCCUGUAAAUGGGGUCACACUAAUAAGUGUAACAGCUUUUGGUGCUGAAAACUUCAUUAUUUCAAGGAACGAAUUUAAGAAGUUUAUCAUUCCUUCCUGAAAGCAUAAGUGCUAUUAGGGAUCUCUCUAUUUUAGCCCUGGAGACACUUACUCUUUGCUACUUUUAUAUGGACAAGACCAUGUGCAUCAUUCUCAGCUGUGCAAAGAGGCCAAGGCAUUUCUGAUACUAUCAAAUAUGCAGCUACAUGUGUGGAAAAGGCUGAGUGGGAAUGUUUUUGAUGCAAAAAGAGUCAUCACUUUCAGUAAAAAUGCUAAUUUAAAGUAUAGUUCUUGUGUGUAACCACUUCCAUAUGAUGUAUACCCCAAAUAUAUACGUACACAGAAAGUGUCUUUUCCCAUAAGAGCUGUAUGUUAUUUCCAUUGUGUUUCCAUACAGAAUAUAUAUAUAUAUAUAUACACCAUCCCACCAUACUUGGGAGGAAGCUGGUGUUCAGCCUAACAGGUUUCUGUUGCUUUUGGGGACAGGUUACGUUGGUUGUCCUCGAGAGCUCCUGUGAAAGAGCCAUUCUUGGCUUCAUCCUCGUUGGAGGAGGGAGGUUGUUUUGUGUGGUGAUUUGUCGACCUCUUGGCACACCAUUAGCUGACAAAGCUUAUCUAAGCAGUCCUGAGUUUGAUGUGUGUAAUCUACCAUCCCCAUGGUUUCUGUGGUCAAUGCAACCUGUCAAACUGAGCUGCCCUGUCUCCUAAGACAGGAAACCUGUCACCAUCUCUUAAUUUUCCUUGACAUCCAUCCUCUUCAACCAAGCACUCAUUUUUUAAGCUGGUAGAUCAAUGAUUUAUCAGCUUAUCCACUCUUCUUAUGAAUUUUAGUCUUCUAUAUAUAUUUGACUAUGCAUCCAGUUUGGGAAAUUAGCUCUUUCCCUUUUUCUGCAGUUAAAUCUUCUUAUGAAACAUGAAGGAGAUCAGUCAAGAAGUCUGGGCAAGCCAUGGUAUUCCUUUACCACUGCAUGUCUGAGAAAAAAAACCCCACCACUGAAGACCCACUAGUAUUCAUAGAGUGUUCUGUGUUCGUUUUCUACUGUGUUUGUUUUGCCAAGAAAAAACAUACACUGAUGUUUUGUCCCAUUCCUUUUUGGGUAUCCAGGUGAGUCAGAGUCUACAUAUAGCUCUGACAGACUGAGGAGAAGGCAAAGAUAAACCCUCCUCCUGUCUAGGACGUGACAGGGAUAUACCCCACUGAGAUGGCAGUAAUGACAGAGAAAUCAAAAAGAGCACCUUCCAAAAUCCUAUCCAAUUUAUCAAAAUAAAUCACUCCAUAAUAUUGUUGGAUUUUUGGCAAAAGUAUCAGGUCAAAACACAGAUCAGCAUAUUCCAAAACACAAAGUUCAGAAGUAAAUUGAAAAUUAUGUUGAUAUUUUUCUACAUGGAUUUGUCUCUAAUAAUAAGAGUCCUUAAAAGAGGAACAGUUUAACCUAAAACUUGUUUUCUCAGACUUGAAUAAUGAAUCUAUUUAUUAUUAUCUUAGACUCUAGCACCAAUCAUCUUUAUAACUCCCUUAAAAUAUAAUCAAGUCCUUUAAAAAAAUAAAAAUCUGAUCUUAAAUCUCUAUCUUUCAGUUAGACAAUUAUCCACAGCAUCUGAGACAGCAGACAAUUAAACUUUCUCUAUAUACAGAAUUACCUUCAAUGAACAGUACAAGCCUUAAGUGGGAAAGACUUGUCUGGUGGGAGAUCUUCUUUCUUGUUUAGAGGAAGUUUAUGUUGAUGAGUCUAAUUUAGCCAAUAAAGAAAGUAGGUGAAUUCUGUCCUCUUUCUUAGCCCUGCAAAUUCAGGCACUUAAAAUUAAUCAUUCUAGUUUGUGUAACAAACAAAACGCAUCUCUGAGGCAGGUUUUGAUUGAUGUCUUAUCUUUCCCUGUAUGAAAUGUACAAACACAGUUACUCUGGUUUUGACACUGGAACCAUAUUCUUGGUUUAAUGACGCUUUCUUCAAAGUGUGUUAAAAUUGUAACUCUCAAAAUCAGACUUUGAUUUUUCAUAAUAGUUAAAGUUAACAAUGGCAGCAGAAGUAACCACAUUUUUAUAGUAUCUAUUCAAAUGAACACCUUACACUGCUUAAUUCCUAGCUCAAUGGUAACACCUAAAAUUGCACCUUCACUGUUCCUCAACUGACAUGUGGACUAGAACUCAAUGGACAGGAGCAUAGUGAUGUGAAGAUCCUUAGCCUGUGUUUCAGAGUUGUUUUUUACUUAUUUAUUAAAUAUUUAGAAAAUACCUCUUGGAAUUUACCCCUACUUUUUCCUGUAAAUAAUUAGCUCUGAAAGUGGUUUUUUGUAUGCACACUGUUACAAUUUUUAUUUAACAAAGGCAAGGCUAUAAAAUUUUUUGAAUGAAAUAGUAUGGUUUGAGGUUUUUUCAGAUAAGCAAUUGCCAAAUAAUUUUGGGCUGAGUUUCAAAUGAGUAAUUUCAGCUUGAAGCAUUUCAAAUUGAUGGGGUUUUUAAUAAUAAAAAAACUAUACAAAAUCAAGAGAUUGGCCCCUGAACUUGAUAACCAUUUGUAUUCUUGCAAAGUGGAUGUAAAAUACUAGCAUUGGAUUCAUGCCCAUGUUUGUGCACACAGGCUGCAAAGCAAAGCAUCAGAGAUAUAUCCUUCUCCAAGUACUUCCUUUGGGGCUGAUUGUUCAGGGCAAGCAAUAUGCAUGAUAUAACUGGUGCAUGUAACAGUAACUACAACAUUCUGCAAAUUUGAAUUUAUACAGUAACUUGAUAUCAAGGCUGAACUUUGCAGAUGAGUAGUCUGUGGUAUUUUUAAUUAUAACCCUUUCUGCGGUCUGAAUACGAGUACAGCCAAUUCCGUCAUGUGACACUAGAAGUUGGACUUUUAAAUGAGACAUUAUUAUAUUUGAUUGAGGCAGUUAUGUUUUUCAAGAAUUAUUUCAAAUCAGACAGAAGCAGCAAUAAUUAGAGGUUGAGAGCUUAGAAAACCUGUGCUAUUUUUUAAGACACCGAGAUUUACAACCCAUGCUCUGUCUGCCUCUGUCUAAUUUAGUUCCCUUUCCCUAAUGAACAUUUGUCAGCUACCACACACUUCAAUUUUCUUUAACUAUGUCUGUCGAGAUUUAAGUGAGACUUACAUCAAAAAAGCAAAACUAAUCUCACUAAGUGGAAAUAUGUGAAGUUGAGUCAAUUCUGUGAUAUUUUAAGGAAAAUGGAAAUGCAAAUCAAUUUUCUUAGAGUGUAGGUUCGAGUUCAACAGCAUUCACAAAGUCUUUAUUAAAGGUCUGAUCCUGAGAAAUGCUGGUCAAAUGCACUCUUGGUAUAAUGGACCAAAUCUGCAAGUGGAUUGACCUGGUGAAGAGCUUUAUACAGCCACAAGAUCUUAACAAAUGGCAACCAGCAGCAUCCAUGGCAUCUCAAAGUCAGACCACCACAAGAUAACACAUGUUCUGUGUUCUUUUUAAGGCAAACUUUCCAGUUGGUCAACUGUGUUUUAAAAGUAAUGUCUUUUAAGACCAAUGCAGACCUCUCCAAGGGAUCAAGUCAAUGGAUUACUGUGGACAGAUCCUUAUAGGUUAAGGGAAAGGGCUUUUAAUUUUUAAAUCUACUACUUUGAAUCAUGAUCAUACAAAAAAACUGAAGAAAUCUGACAUGAUCCCUUGUAUAAAUAAGAUAAUGAAUGUAAAGCUUAUAAUGCCACUGUGAAAUUUUAAUGCUUAUUUAUUAUGGUUAUGAUGAAACCUGUAUAAUAAGAUGAAGAUGAUAAUGAUGAUAAUAAUAAUAAUAAUAAUGAUAAUAAUAUAAUGAAUAGUCAUCAGUGCCAAUAUGAUUCUACUAUUUUUCUACAUAUGCUUUAUUGUGGCAUUUUGUGUAGCUUGUGAUCUGUGUAAAGAAAUGUCAAUAAAAUAUUUGCUUCCUUUUGUCUGUA